UGAAAUUGUUCAAAAUGGGUUCCAGAAUUCAAUCCAGUCUAACAACGUUGACACAGUAGCAGAUGCUAACCAGAACACUGAGUCCUUCACAUCGCACACGACAAUAGAGAUGAGUUCCAAAUUAAUGCAGAUGGAAAAGGUCUCGGGAAGCCUGCCAAGAAGACUGAGACGGCUUCUAAAUCUAUCUUUGGCAAAGCUUUGUCUCACAAUGUGCUGAAGCCUAAUCAUGGCAACUUGAAAGAGCCGUUGUCAGAAAUGACCAACCAAAAUAACACAGCGAUGGACACAGCACCAGUUGAUAACUGGGAUCUUCGCGAAGUGUUCUCACAGAAGCAAAGCCCCAUUCCGAAGCCGGAGCAGAUAUCCGCUGAAACAUCACCUGCGGUCGAGCUCCCGAAAGGAGGGAGCCCCAAGGAGGAAGCAGUAACGCAACCGAAGCAGAAAGAAAUCGGUUUCUUCGAAAAACUGUUCAAACAAGGAGAUAAAGGCAAAGGAGCAGCCAAGGAAAACCAGCAGGAAUCAAAGGAGACUGAAAGUCCAGAUGCAGCCACUGCUGAGAGGGAAGCCACUGAAGUUCUACGCAGACUGGACAAUGUCCAGCAAGUAUUGAAUGAAGGCGACAAGGAUAGUAUAAGGCCAUCGCAUGUUGACAACGCAUCUCAAAGCCCUGUGUUUGCCGAUUCUUCUGUUACUGAGAACCCGAACGAGUCUGAGGAUAAAAGAGACAAGGGUGCGAACGCAGAGACUUUCGCAGAAGAGAACCCCGUCAUGAAUUUCUUCAAAACUCUCGUAUCCCCUACAAAAUCCCCUUCCAAAAUAGAACUCGAGCCACAGCAUGCAGGAGAGGAAGAGAUAAAAUCAAAUGGAGAAACCAAAGAAGGGGCAACGAAAGCUUCUGAACCAACACAACCAGAACUUCAACAAGAAGUACCAGAGUCCCAAGCAAAGCCCAAACCAGUGAAGGAGCCGUCACAAAAUCCAUUUGGGAAGCUGUUUAAAUCAAAGGCUGCCAAGGAAGCACCCCAGAAUGUCGAGCAACAGAACAUUGGCACGACAGUGAACUCUGAAACAUCGGCAACGCUGCCACACCCACAAAUAGAGACAUCAAAACGGGAAAUGGGCCCUGGACCUGAUGAGAAAGCCAAGCCCCAGAGAUGUGAGGAAGAGGAAGUCAAACCAGCCAAGAAAGGCUUCCUGCAUUUCUUCAAACACAUGGAUUCAGAUGCCACAGAUGGCCCUGGAGAUAAAUCCCCAACCUCUGCCUCAGGAGACACUGCAAAGAAAGGCAAGGACAAUCAAGGGCAGAGAAAGUCCUCAGCAGAGAGCAGUCAAGAACAGCAGAAAACAAUGUCCAUGGAAGUCCUUCCUCCUGCCCAGCAACAAAAUGCCAUUUUAGUGCCCACACAGAAUGGCGAGGAAGUCAAACCCAAGGAAGCUUCUGAGAAGAAACUGGAUAAGAGGCAUUCGUUUGGCGGGUUCCUAAAAACACUGGGUGGAAAGAAGACAGCAGAUGUUGGAGUGCAAACAGAUCCUGUUUCAAUCUAUCCUGCGGGGAAGGCAAAGUGACACCACUCUCUCUGUUCAGGAAAGCUUGGCAACUUGCUUGCCUAUUUCAUGAAACCACAUAGUCUAGACAGCUGAUUGGCCCCUCUCACAUCUCUCAGUGCUCAGAACAUGCCCGAAACAAAUAUUCUGCUCAGUACACUUUUCUUUAUAUAUAUAUAUAUACAUAAUAUAUAUAAAAAAAAGCUUCAGUUCAAUAGAAUACAAAUUUCAGAACUCUUUAGAGGAACAUCUGGUAGGUUUAGAAUCUGCAUGACCUCUGAUACAUGUACCAUUGGAGAAUGCAUGCCUUCACUAAAUGAGUCUAUAGUGUUGGAAGAAAUCUCUCCCCCACUCGCUCACCCCCACCAUUCACAUGUGUCAUACAAGAUAUCACACAGCCGUCAAUGUAGUCCAACACAGUAGCACUUUUUUUUUCGGUGGGGGUUGGGCGGGGGUUUAAAUGACACCAAAACCAUGCCAGGGAACCUGCAGCGUUUAUUGUUUUAGCUGCAACUCAUUUCAGAGUAAAUUAUCAUCUAUUACGCACACUAUUUUACAGGCUCCUUUUCUUGUAAUGUGUCAACAUCGAUGAAAGCAGGGAAACUGCCAGUGAUACAUUCUCUGAGCUGAGGUGCGCGCUAGUGAGAUGAGGGUAGUGCGUGGGGUGGUGCGAGCGAGGGGGCAGUGUCCCGGGGUGGGGGGGGGGGGGGCUGUCCUAUUGCCUCUUCAGUUCUCCUGGCUCUCUAAUCACCGUACUCUGUAAAAACAAAAGAAGACGCAUUGUUAGUGUGAAUUAAAAGGUGCUCACAAAUCAUUGCUGCAGGAAUACUUUACUGCUGUUACUCCCUGAGCUUAACUAGGACUGAUAGUGGCUGAUGCUUUAUGGAACACAGGUACAUAACAUCUCUUGUUCCAUCUAUUGUUCACCGUUGGAAUCGUAUCUCAAAAUUUCCCAGCUUUUUGAUCAUCCCAUCAUCGAAGAUGUAUACAAUAGUCUCUGGCUGGCAGGGUGUGUGCUUUUCAGCAAGCUUGUCUUUUCCCAAUCAUUUGCCCUCUUCUCCCUAGCUCCCCAAUAGGUACCUGAGCUGUCAGGUAUGUUGGAGCUUUGCCUGAAGGGAGGGAACCCAACCUCAUUGUUAUACAUGUUACUCAUUCUGAAUAAACAACGCAAGGCUUUAUAACCUCCGCCCUUAAAUUCAUCUCUACUAUGUGGACGUGGCUUUUGUCAAGCAGAUGGCUCCUGUUUGCAUCAGCUGCUGCUCACUGGGUCAUUAAAUACCACCUUCACUCAUUGGUUACUGUUUGUGCCAAUUGACACACAUUAGUUGCUUUAAUGCUAAGUUUUCCCUUCUCCUGCAAAAAGGAGUUAUACAAACAGAAGUACAUGUGUGCAUGUGACUGCCAGGAAGGUGGAAGGUAAACUAGUUGGACCUUGGUCUUUUUUCGUCUAGCAUUUCUUAUGUUCUCAUGUACAUGUUCUGGAAAAAAACACUAAGAUCCUUUUUUGUUAGACACUUUCGACCUUCUCCAGUCGAUUAAUUUCACAAGGUCCGAAUGACCUGUCCACAUGACUCACUGCGGGAGCCACCUCCUACAUAGCUCUCCUCAUGCUCUGGAUAUGGGUAAGACUCCGCACACCUCAAACAGCUACUCCUUCCUCCCCAAAGGUGCCUGAGCCACAGAUCGCUGGCAAAACCAACCCAAGGCUUUGAGAUGUUCCUUAUAUGUGAAUGGAGUGAUAUAAAUGUCUGUGUUAUUUGUGUUGGCUCCUUCUUUCUCCAUAAUGUAAAGCUGGAAUUUACACUCCAUCACUACAGCACGUUUAUACUACAGCACCUAAUUGACUGUCCAAACAGCAUACCUUUGAGCGACAGAAGGAACAGAUUAUGGUAUUGUCGAAUGGUAUUGUCACUCCCGACGGGGCAUGUACAAAUUGUACGAUGGAGUGGGUGGGGGUUGGUGAAAUAGGUAACAAAACACCAAAACUAUCCAAACUGCAGCACUGCGUAUUACGGUGCUAUCUCUGUCCACCAGGGAGCAUCAGAACCUCAAUUUAAGAGAGGAAGAAAAAGUUUGCAAAUCAUUUCUUUUUGGCAUUUUUAGUGCAUUUUAGUGGUAACUUUUAAACAGGUCUAAAGCAUUUUAACUGUUGAGCAUCAGCAUGAUAGAUGGAGGAAGCACUGUUUCCUUUGUUUCCUUCUCUGAAUUUGUCUCUUGUAUCUUAAAUAUGUCAAUAUCGAACCGCUGCAUGUAUUUGUUGCUAACAUUUCACUGCCUUUUAGAAGUUAAUUUUAUAAUUCAAAUGAGGUCAGAAAUUAAAGAUUCACAAGAUACCUGGACUAAGAUGCUUCAGUUUUUCUCUUUCAAAAAUAGUCAUAUAUAUAUUAUAUCUUCUAUAUUUAAUAAAACAAUAUAUUAAAUUCGAAAAGCUGAGUGCAUGAGUUCUGCAGGCUGACAAUUGGUAAAAAUCUUCAGCUUUUAAUCGCAAGAAGGAACUCAUCUAUUCCAGCAAUAAUAUAAAUGUUUCAUAAAUUAUCCCGUCUGAAAGAAAACACACCCAAUUCUUAUAAAUCGUUGUCAGUUCUUUCUAAGUGGUUUCUAAUGUGGGUGUUGUCUCUCAGAGCAUGUACUUUUUCUGAUGCAUCUUCAGUACAGUUUAGUGCUAUUUGAAACAAUUAAAAUUGUUUUUGUUUGCACAAAAUUCUGUUUGUGUUUUGUUAUUUUACCAACGCUUAUUUUCAUCCGCCAACGUUUCCAGUUCUUUCAGUUUUGCUUGAAGCCCUGUAGAAUAAUAUCCUAUGAAAUGUGCAGGCAUUGACAUCAGCCAUUUUUAGCCACAGUCGUUAUGUCCCUCUAAGGGGCGUGUAUUUUAAUUAGAGGAAGAGUAGUAGGCCAUUCAGUUCCUCGAGCCUGUUCUGCCAUUCUAUUAGAUCAUGACUGAUCCGGACCUGAACUCCAACUAACUUGUAAUUUCAUAUAUGAUGAACUCCAAUUAAACUGUAAUUUUAUAUAAA